CUUCGUUUUGAUUUCUAUUUAAAUAAGAUGUAAUAUAUAUAUAUUUUAUAUGCUAAUAUAUAAUUUUAUUUAUUAAUUGUAUUAUAAUCACAAAGAAAAAAUAUAAAUAUAAGUCUAGAGAAUGUGUGUUCGAAAAAUCUAUUAAUAUUAAUAUUUUAAUCCGUACUAAUCUAUACUAUCCCAAUUGUUAGGUUAUGUAUAAAAAUUUUAUCAGAUCGUAUCGAAUGUUCUCGGAACAUUUACUUAAAGUUAUAAAUACAUCAUUUUUGUUUAAAAGAUUAUAUUUACAUACGAUAAAAUGAUCAGAUUGACUUUACGGGUUCCUGUAGAUUAUUUAAAGAAAUUAAAAAUUCAUUAUAAAGAUAAUAUUGGAGUCAAUAGUAUUAGACAAUACACAGAUUUUGUAAAAGUAGUUGAAGUAGGACCAAGAGACGGAUUACAAAAUGAACCAAAAAUUCUACCUACUAACACUAAAAUUCAAUUAAUAAAUAAACUAUCUGAAACAGGUUUACAAAGUAUUGAAACCACAAGUUUUGUAUCGUCUAAAUGGAUUCCGCAAAUGGCAGAUAAUACUAUUCUUUUUACACAAAUAAAAAAAAAGGCAGGUGUAUCAUAUCCAGUGCUAGUACCAAAUUUGAAAGGGCUAGACAAUGCAUUAAAAGCAGGUGUUAAGGAAAUUGCAAUUUUUGGAGCUGCGUCAGAGACAUUUUCAAAAAAAAAUAUAAAUUGUUCUAUAAAUGAAAGUAUACAAAAUUUUACAGCUGUUAUCAAACAAGUAAAUGAACAGAAUAUAAAGGUGAGAGGUUAUAUUUCUUGUGUUGUUGGCUGUCCUUAUGAAGGGGAGAUUAAGCCAAAAGUUGUAGUUGACUUGGCUUCGUUAAUGUUGAAUCUUGGAUGUUAUGAAAUAUCUCUAGGGGAUACAAUUGGUGUAGGAUCACCUAAAAAGAUUAAGAAACUUCUGAAAGAAUUACAGCAGGUGUCAUCAUGCGAUAUGUCUAAAUUUGCUUUACAUUGUCAUGAUACUUAUGGUCAAGCAUUAGCAAAUAUAUAUGCGGGUCUUGAACAUGGCAUUAGAAUAUUUGAUUCUUCUGUUGCUGGACUUGGAGGAUGUCCAUAUGCAGCUGGUGCCUCAGGAAAUGUUGCAACUGAGGAUUUAUUGUAUCUUCUACAUGGACAAGGCUUAGAAACUGGAGUAAAUUUCAAUAAAAUAGUAGAAAUAGGUAAUUAUAUUAGUAAGGAACUAAAUAGGAAGAAUCAAUCUAAGGCUGGACUUGCUAUUCUUGCCCAAAAAAAUCAUUAAUCUUUAUAGACAUUUAUGUAUAAAUAUUAUGUUUAUACUAAUUUUAUGAGAAUCUGAUUAUAUGUAUAUUUGUAAAUAUAUUGUUAUAUUUUUUGUAAAAUUACAUUUUUAUAAAUAUUACAUCAUUAUUAAUAAAGUAUAUUUUUAUUUUUAUAAUAUAUUAUAACAUUUUUUAUUAUAUUAUAGUCAACUUCAUUUAUAUUGUGCAAAAAUUGAAUUAUCUACAAGUGAUCUCACAUUGAUAAAACUAAAUAUAUAUAAAUAAUAAUAAUAUAUUAUUAGUGAAGAUAAAGAAAAUAUGUAAUUAAUUCAUUUUAAAAGAAUUUGAAAACUUUAUAGACAAAUCAUGUGUGCACCGAAUAUGAUAAUUAUAUUAUUUGAAUUAUUUAAGUCAUAUUUAUUUGUAAAUUUAAUAAUAUCAAUUAUGAUCACAUACACA